CAAAUUAGAUUGGUAUUUAAAAUAUUUCCAUACAUUCACUUGGUAGUAAUAGUAAGCAUCAUUAACCAGAAUUGAAGGAGUUACGCGAACAUAUGUGGUAAUCCUCUACCAGAAAUGAUAUCAGAAAUAUUUAAGAAAACAGAUAAAGGAUAGAUGUCAAAUAUAAUUGACAAAUUGUUUAACUUACUAGAAAAUGGAACAUCAGUUUUUAUAAGAGAUUCUGCAGCUAGGCAAAUAGGAAUUUAUUUUAAACAAAAUCCAAAUGAUAUUAAAAGAAUAUUAUCGCAAAUUAAAAAAGUGUUGUUGAAUAAUGAUUGGGAGUCCAGGGUGUCCGCGGGAAAAGCAGUUGAACAUCUGAUACUUAAUUUGCAAUCAUUACAGAGUUGGAUUGACAUCCUGAGAGCCCAUGACAUAUUACAAGAUAAAGAUAGUAAACUCCCACGAGAUUUCGAUGUUGAUAUCAAAAUUUUGCACCAAUUUAUGCAGUUGUCUAUACUAGAUGCCGGAAAAAAUAUCGCUGAAAAGGAAGAAAAAACGUUGAACACUAUAACUCGAAAAGAAAGAAUAAAAUUGGAAAAACAAAAAAUAAACAAUCAAUUGGGGUUGGGCAUAAAAGUUGGAAACCAUUCAUUAUGCGAAAUAAGUUCAAUUAUAUUGGAAGAAGAUUUAGAGAUCUACCAAGCGGAAUCAGCUGCGAAUAUAUUGCAAGAAUCUAAAUUUAAAUUUCCCUAUCAUAUCAUUCAAAACGUGCCUAAGAAUACUUUCCGCUCCAAAGCUAUUAGUGAUCUCAAAGAAACAAUAAUCAAUGACGAUCCUGUUCACCUAUUAUUUAUGUUUCUAGUGGAUCAUUCUUUCGCCGACGACCAAAUUUUUCACGCUAAGUGGGAGAUUAGGCAUGCUUGCUGCAUUCUCCUACGACAUUUUCUUUAUGCGGAAAUUGCUGACUCAGAUCAAGCACCUUUCAAUGGGUAUUAUUUUAGACUGGAACCUAUAUUGGUGAGGAUGUUUGCUCUAAUCGUAAGGGAUAGAUUUGGAGAUUACGUUGGAGAACAGGUGAUUGCUCCUAUACGGGAGAUGUCUGCUCAAAUCAUAAGUUUAUGUGUUGCACUUGUAUCAAAGAUUGAUGUAGACAAAGGAAAAUGGAAGCUAUCUAAAAUUAUCGAGACAUAUGCUCUUAUGCUUUCAGGUGUUAAGGGCAAAUGUGAUAGUGCUUUUCCUUGGGCAAUCAGACAUGGUGCCAUUCUGGGUUUGAAAUAUCUUUUGCCGCAGGUUUUUCAAAGCCAGUUUGAUUGGCAUUCUAGCAUAAACUUGAUCUUGCCUCUUUUACAACAAGGACUAAAGGACUUAUCCGAUGAUGUAAUGUCCAUAUCAGCCGAUUUAUUGAUAUUCCUAUGUGACAAACCAUGUGAUAUAUCAUUGAAAGAACUAAAAGAUAUGUCCAACACUAUUAUACACCAUUUAAAUCCAAGAAUUUUUGCUGAUGAAUCUAGUGUCGAUUCGAUGACGAUCCUUCAAGAAGAUUCUACAACAUCGCUAGCAGAGAAGAAUCUCAUUCUUUUGAUACGAAAAAUUAUAGAACGCAAUCCAGAAUGUUUAAGCUUUGAUGCAGAGAAGAAUUACGAGAAGAGUUACGUUGAAUGGUUAAUGGACGCGAUGGUAUUCCGUUAUCUGUAUCACAUUUCCGGGGAAGUCAGGCUUAACGCUAUGCUUACCUUCACGCUUCUUUUGAGUCUAGAGUUUAAGGAGAUAAAUGUUACGUUGGCAUCCAAUGUCAACUCAAAAUUUAUAUCUAUCGAUAAAUUUGCCCAUUAUAUGAUGCAGCUCUACAAGAGAGUUCUGAUAGAAGACGACAGCGAGGUUUUGGAAUCUAUUGAAAAGGCUUGGAUCGUUUUGAUGUCACGAGAAAUAUCACCUUCUGUUGCCACCACAUCUCUCGUCACAUUGGUUGGCAAUCAUUUAGAUAACAUGAUUUGCUUGGCUAUGCAUAGAAGUGAUGUACCUAUACAAAAUUUGGGACAUUCAUACCCCAAAACAUCGUCUAACGAUUUGGGCCAUGAUGGUACAAAAUUUUAUAUAGGAGGAAUCGAUUCUUUAAACUUUGGCUUUCAAGAACGGGAGACUAACGUGGUAACAUGUCGAUUGGCCGCUUGCCGACUGUUGUCAAUAAUGCUCUAUAGAAUUUUUAAUGACAUGGAGGACGAAAAGAAGAAUCUUACUUCAAUGGUACAAUAUCAUCAUUUUUUGAGAAGUUUUGAAACCUUGAUUGAGUUCCAUCUUUCUUCUCACUCUGCUGUUCAAAGGUUUGUGGGAGCAAUGUUUCUACAACAGCUGAUGAGCUUAUUUGCUCUAUGGAUUCAUAGAAAUCCAUCACAAAAUUUACCUCAGACUCAGACCCAAUCCUUUUCUCAAACCUUCAAUCAUUGGCCUGAUUUUGACCGGAUAUACUCAAAACUUCCUCACUAUUUAUCGGAAAGUUUUUAUUUCGAUGAAUCAGCCCCCAACCUAUUCGAGAUUCAAAACCUGUCCCAGAAAAUCAAAGAUAAACUCUACAAAUUGACGCCAUUAUCGGGGCAUAAGAAGCAAGCUCUUGAUAUGCCAAGCCACAUAUCACAGCUGAUAAACGAACAAUCUUCCUCAUUAACUUUGGACCCAACUUUAUUGGAAUGGCUUCUCACCGAAUACCCUUGCCCUUCUUCAGUCCCCAGUCCUAUUCGUAAAAAGCGUUGCCCAGUGCCAGAAGAAAAUACUCGUCCUCCUUGUAUUGAUACUCAUCUCCAUUCCGACGCCACAAUUUUGCGAAAAGUCAUCGAGGAUACUCGAGAAAAACAGGCUUUCGCGCACGCCCGAGUCAACGGCGUUUUGAUAUGCGUGCGCAUCUUGUGGAUGAUUUGGGUCGAUAAACGAGCCAACCAAUCAGAUGUGAUGACCUUGGAAGUGGAAACUUCACUUAAUUCUCAACAAACACACAAACUACCUGACCUUAUUAAACUAACACGCGAUUUGAUGGAUAUUUUGAAGGUCGAGCACGAGCCUUUAUUGUGCAGGCGUCUAUGCGAAAUCCUGGCAGCCAUCUUUGUAUUUAUACGCUGGCAGAGGAAAGAUGCUAAAGACUUGUCGGGAAGUUUAAUUUAUCGUAUGCUCGCCUUGGGUGCUAAAAAUGGCGGACCAUUCGGAGCGGAAUGGCUGCAAUUCGAUAGAAAGGGACUGAACAUGAUUAACGAUCAGCAAGAUAUCUCAGGAAUAAUCAUAUCACUCAAAUUUUUAAAGCAACUUAAUACCUCUUCACCUUUGAACAGAUAUUGUAGGUCAUCUUCUAGCAUAGAUCUUCCUGGCAUAAAACAAGUUAGUAGCGAUUUUACCCGAAUUUGCCAGAAUCUUUGCCAGGCUAAUUCGAUUUUAAUACACCAUUUAAGAAAUAUACCAUACGCAGAUGAUUCAAUUUAUACCACAAAUGCAUUAUUACCCAUUACUGAAGACAAAACCAUUAGAUCCAAUACCCCAGCUUACAAUGCCGCCUCUCUCACGCUAGAAAUAUUGGCACAAAACUUGGGCUUCGCGUACAUGCGAGACCAGAUGCCCGAUUUAUGGGACUACAUAGAUCCCGUCGAACAGCUGAAACACUGCUUGGGAUAUCAGAAAGGAAUCGAUGAUCUUCUCUCAGAUCGAGAGAAAACCGAAAUCGAAUCGGUUUUGUCUCUUUUUGAAAAUAGUGAGUCUGAUAAAAAUGUUACUGUUCAAAAUGUCGAAGAUAUUGGUAAAUUCAAUGUGGGAUCAGAAAUCUCUGGCCGUUACAUUUUGCUUAAAUUACAUGCUGUGGAAUUGACGCUUCCUCGAUAUUAUCUAAAUUUUUCAAAAUCGGAAGCAUCCUUGAUACGCUUAAUAAAUGACACCGUGACUUUGAUAUGCCACAAUCUCAUUCUCAAUAGAAUCCCUAGAGCCCGUUUUUCUUGUGCUAAAAUAUUCAGAUCUCUUCUUAAUUAUUGGCCGGAUAAUUCAUCACCAAACGUGUCAAAUAAAGAUAUCGUGAUCGAGAAUAUUAUGAAUACUUUUACCGAAAGUAUGUUAAACCACAUGGAGUCAUCAUUGCUUCGCGUAAAAGCUGGGUUUAUUGAGGGACUCAUAUACAUCUUGUCUGGAUUAGAAAUCCACUUCUCAAUAAUGUUACCUUACACUAUUAUAUUUGCUCUUCCUUGCUUGGGAUUGAUGACAGACUCAAACGAGGAUGUGAGGAAAGGCGCAUCUCAUUGUUUUAUUUCAAUCAUCAAAUACAUAUCCUUGAACGUACUAAAUUCUUCGACGUCAACAUCAACCAAUACUGCCUUCAAAAGCAAUGUCAAUUUACUCGCUGCUUUCGACAGAGGAAAAAUGUUUUUGACCCAUUUACUAUCCGGCCAGUUGGAUCAAAUUAACGAUCAAAACCUAAGCGAAUUAAUCGAUCUCAAACCGGGUAUCGAAUUAAGACAUUACCAGCUCCAUGGUGUAAAUUGGUUAGCCUUUCUCAAACGUUACAAACUUCACGGUAUCCUGUGCGAUGACAUGGGUCUGGGUAAAACUCUGCAAGCUAUAUGUGGUUUAGUGUUAAAAGACCGUGCACAUCAAUCAACAACUGAUACUCAUGUAUAUUGCAAAACUGGCAUUGACAUAUAUAAUCAUGAAAAAGAAAAUAUCGAAUCUCCGAAAAUAUCUUUAGUUCUUUGUCCUCAGACUCUCGUUUACUAUUGGAUAGAAGAAGUUGAAAAAUUUAUUCCUGGACAUAUGUUAAAGCCUUUUGCUUUUGUUGAUCUCAAUGACGAGACUGCCUUAAAGACUGUUAAAGCCAUAAUAACCAAUAGCGAUAAAUUUAUUUCAUUUAAUCACGUGCUUUGCGUUUGCAGCUACGAGUUGAUAAGAAAAAAUGGCUACAUUUUUUCCAAACUAUUUGAUGAUGUCGGAUUUAGCGGAGGUUUCACCCAUUUGGUAUUGGACGAAGGUCACGUCAUCAAAAAUAGCAAAACUAAGCUAGCUAAAAUCGUUAAGAAUAUUCCAGCUAGGCAUAGAUUAAUCCUGAGUGGUACGCCAGUCCAAAAUAACGUACUAGAGCUCUGGAGCCUUUUCGAUUUUCUAAUGCCUGGGUAUCUCGGAACGGAAAAGGAGUUCAACAACACAUUCGGUAAGCCCAUUCUCCAGAGCAGAGAUGCAAAAAAUUCUUCAAAGGAACAAGAAGCCGGUAUCACUGCCCUAGAAAGCUUGCACAAACUGAUUUUGCCCUUCAUACUACGAAGAACCAAAGAACAAGUUCUUUCAGACCUACCCCCGAAAAUCAUCCAAGAUUAUUAUUGCCCUAUGACCUGGCUUCAGCUUGAACUCAUCGAUGAUUUCAUUAACCUUAGGGCGAUUAAAACGCCCAGUGAGCACAAUUCGUCUUCAUCACUAGAUAAAACCAAUAUUACCAAACCAAUCCACGCCUUUGAAGCUCUGAACUACAUGAGAAAAAUUUGUAAUCAUCCGGGUUUUGUGCUUCUUAAAUUGGAUACAAAUAUACCCGAGGAAAAUGGCAAAUUAUUAUGGUUACUUCGAAAAUAUCAUACCAUAAACGAGUCUAUAAGUUUUGAUGGCGCCGAUGACACAGCAAUUGAAGGUGGGACAGAAGGAAGUUUUAAAGGCCACUUCGACCUAAACCGGUCUUUGCAAAUGAUUAUGAAUGACCCUGGGGUGUCGGGAAAGCUCAUGGCCCUCGUACAGUUGCUAAAAGAAUGCCAAAUAAUUUAUUCAUCGGACACCAAUCUCAAUGAAGAAGUAUCGAAAAAAAAUGCGGCGGAGGGUUACGAUGGUAGCUGGCACAAAGUUCUCAUAUUUUUCCAAUUCAUCGAUACGCUCAAACUUGUGAGCCGCUGUUUGCAAAAGUAUUCCGUGCCUUACUCUACUUUGGAUGGAACAGUAUCCUUGGAAGAUAGACAUAAAAUUGUCAAAGAUUUUAAUCGUGAUCCUUUUACCUUUGAAGAAAACGACGCUAAAUGUAUCAAAGUCUUACUUCUGACUACUAAAAUAGGUGGUCUGGGUCUUAAUUUGACGGCGGCCGAUGUCGUUAUAUUUUACGAACAUGAUUGGAAUCCCAUGAAAGAUUUGCAAGCUAUGGAUCGGGCCCAUAGAAUAGGGCAGACAAAAGUGGUUAACGUAUAUCGCCUGAUUACCAAAGACACGUUCGAAGAAAAAAUUUUGGGAUUACAAAAGUUUAAAAUGGCUGUCGCAAAUUCUAUAGUGAACAAAGAAAACUCAGAUUACCGAAUGAUUCGCAAGUCUUCCACAGAUAUUUUGGACUUUUUUGCUACAAAAUUUGGCAACCCCUCUUCUAAUUCACCUAGCCCGGCAAAUAGUAACAUCUCCCAAAAAGCUUCAUUUGGCGAAAGCAGCCAUGUAAUAAGUGAGCAAAUGAAUUUUGGUGAAGGUAGUGCUAUCGAUCGCAAGAAAAAGAAGGUAGGGUUACACCUAUUUUUGAAAGAGUUGGAAUCAUUGUGGGGUGAUGAAUGUCAAUACGAUAAUGAAUUUGAUAUUGAUAGCUUUGUGGCUAAGCUAAAAUAAAAAUGAUUUCUUUUAAUCUAUUAUUUGUUUUCUCGCGAUAAUAAUCUAUAAUA